UUCUAUAUCUAAUCCCCAAGUUACAUGAAAGAAUAGAUUCAAAUUUUAGAGCAACAAUUUGGUUGUCAACUUGAAGCGUCAAGAUCUUAUUUCGGAUAAGCUAACGAAAUAUUACCUUUACGGCACGUCUCAUUUUAAAAUUCAAUGCAUGUCCACAAGCCUUGCAAUGAAUCCUUAGCACAUGCGAUUUAAUACUUCAGUAAAUGUGUCCUUUCCAAUCAAAGAGACUAAAUAAGCGAUAAUCACGAAUUCAUCGUUACUUUAGGCCGUUAUUUGAAAGAUUUAAUUUCAAUUUAUUCAUAUUUCAAUGUCAUUUACUUAUUUUGCGAUGAGCGCUCGAAUAUUUUUGACGUUCUUCAUACUAAGCUUGGUGAUGACAAAUGUCAGGGCGUUGUCGUGCCUGGCUUGCAAAGACCCGCGCGUCCAGUGCCCGUCUGUCGGCAAAUGCAAGUUCGGCGGAGUGUAUCUCUCAGAGUGCGGGUGUUGUAUGACCUGCAAAAAGGGUCCGGGAGGCAGUUGUGGAGGCCCGUGGAGCAGGGCUAACGAGUGCGGUCGAGAUCUGGACUGCGUGUGGGAGAACAGAGGCGAUCCCUACGGCGUUUGCAAAUGGACUACCGAAGAAGAAACUGUUCCAGAAUUAUUCGGUCCCGCAGUGGCCAUCGUGGACGAAGAAGACGAUUCCGCCUUCGCCAUAGUUGAAGAAGUUCUAGAAGCAAUGGACGUCUGAGAGCAAACGUGAAUCUGUUGAAAUGUCAAAUAAAUUGUUAUAAUGCAUGACAAAUAGUCACGCUGUUUC